GUAGUUCAGCAGAAGAGCAAAAAUGGCAGUUAAAUGGCGUUCGUUGACGGGUUCAAAGGUUUCGUCUGAAAAUUUUUUCCUUUGUACUCUGUUCUGGUCCUAAUAUCAUUAUAAAGUAUACCCGCUGAUCGUGCUCCUUUAUCAAUUCUGUUUUUAAAUAUCAAUUAUAAUUCGCUGAUGGCUGAAAGUCGUUUGAAACGGGGUAAAAAAAAAUUUAAGAAGAAGAAGCAAAAAUGGCUGCUUGGACGAGAGCUAUUCACCGUUUCAAGAAAUUAUGCAACUUUAACUCAAGAACAUACGAGCUCAGAGAGCAGAUUCCGCUGUUGUGGAAGAGGAUUUCCUUCUUCGUAGGCUCCCCAGCGAUAGGUCUGGCUAUGUUGAGCUGCUACUUGAAUCAUCAGGCUCAUCAUCAUGACAGACCUCCAGAAUUUAUUGCAUACGAUCACUUGAGGAUCAGAACCAAAGGAAUUCGCAUAGGGUGAUGGUAUUUCAGUUGCAGACGUGCAUGGUUGCUCAGCUGAAAAUUCUGAAUC